CCCAACAUCCGACGGUGUGAGAAAAUUACGACCUGGAAGGUUCCGGCCAGGUCGUUACCUGCUUCGGUUUUUAGAGAGCGGCUGCGUGCUUGAAUGGCACACGGAGAGCAGCCUCUCGGCUCGCCACGAACAUUGGCGACUUCAAUCUGUGUGAGUUCGAGUCGAGAAUCUCAAAAACCGCCAAGCAGGUCUGAGCCCAGCUGCGCGAUUUGAGCGGCGACUUCAGAACCAGAGAAAACCUCGACACUCGCUUCUGUGGUGGACCAUCGGUUUUGACGGGGCUUCGAAAGUGACUGUUCGGCCGGUUUUUGCCACGAAAUAUCCACUUUCACAGGAAUUGGUACGCUGUACCUACCGAGAUACGGACCAACAGUGGCACGAUUGCAUCCAGCAGCAACUGAAGCAGAAGCUCGCUCCGUUUCGCCUUUUGGUGUGUCCCGCAGCACCAAAUUGUUACCAGCAGUGCCAGGACUUGAAUGCUGAGCUCGGCUCUGCUCUCGCACUGAUUGAACUUUUGACCGCGCGGCUCGGUCUCUGAUCUCGAAAUGGUGCUUCGGUUCGAAUCAUUACUGGCGGCACCACCUGGCGUUGCUGUCAGCUAAAGCGCUGUCCGCUGGCAAGCUCUCCUCUUGCUGCAACGUAGACAUAUAUUGCUGCGGGCGAUAUACACUUGCUCGACAACCGACGCCAGACACCGAUUUGUUGUUCGGCUCAUGCCCCGAAUCUGCCUUGCCAAUGCAGCAUUGGAAUCGCGCAGCAUGCGCGUGAUUGGAAGCUGCGCCGAGAAAGCUUAACAAAUCUCUCAGGAACCAUGCAGUCACGACAUUGCCUGCGGUCCCUGCAAAACAGAGACACGAAACCGAGACGGAGCAGGAGUUGUCAACUCGGAUCCUGUUGCUGCUUGCUCACGGACUUCAACAGCGCGGCGACCUACACUGUGCAAAUCCCGAUCUCGACACGCAGUAUAAAAGCCUGCACCUGUGAGCCACAGGCUGUGGCGGCGUAGGCGUGCGUCAAGUCGGUUCGUUGCGCGCAGUGCUCACCGAGCGAGGACGGGCAUACAUAAUUUACAAAGGGAUGCUGCAUUGCGACACCACUGGCUGAGAACGUUCGCUGGCGAUUGCCGACACUCCCGCAUCGUUCGGGAUCAACACGGCUGCAGCGCUUCAACGACAACGACAAUGACAACGCCAUGUUCUCCUUGCUCGUCUGCCUUGCGGUACGCGACAACUGCGCUUGAGGUCAAGAAGACCGCGAGCGCUUUGCUCGGCAUGAAGCUUGUCAAGUUGAUCCUCUGCACGUGAAAAAUUGCGAUCCAAAUUUCUGUGUGGCUCACAUCAAAUAAAUCCACCUAAACCUAGCACUUCACUGUUCCAGAGAGCGUGCUGAUUGGCGGAUCGACCUGCGAGAGGGAAUGGAGAUCUGCAGAGACGGGCCGUCGAUGCAAAAACAAGAGCGUGCCUGUGAACUCAAAUAUUAUAGUUGCAUGCCAUCUCCAUACUAUCCAUAUGAAAAAGAGUCCUGCAGAAAUCUAUCCCCGCAAGAGUGCCCGCCACAUGUUCAGCAGCACCCGGCGAGGCGGACCAAUCAGCGUGCGGUUCCUUAUUUUUCAAACUCGGUAUCCGCCGCGCGCUCCACCGUUCGCUUCUAUCUCCAAAGCUAAAGCCGCAUCGCUCCUCGGUGCUGAAUAGGCGAAGAACUCCCCGCCGCUGCGAGUCUCCCCUUCGUCCCCGACAGCGAUCCACGCCUGAUCGCGCACAUAACCACUCUGAUAUGACCACUGUGGUGCUUUCUCCGCCGUCUGGACCUUCCAAUUCGCCCUCUGCGGUGCCUAGUGGCAGUAAGAGUGUCUUGAUGACUGUAGCUGUCGAUACGGCGGAAGCGAAAGAGGCGCCUGCGUCAGACUCCGACAGUCCUACCAGCACAGCAAUAGAUCUGGGACUGGAUCAGGUGGAGGACGUGGAUGUGGACGUCGAGACAGCGGAGGACGCUGAGAACGUCGAGUGGAAAGCUAACGGCGUAACAGACGAGAACAACGUCGCUAUGGGUGAACAGAGGCCCAAUAAGAAGCGGAGGCGCGUAUCUUUCGAAUGCGCAGACAUCGUGGAGUUCGAACCCACGGUCUACACGACGACCGUCACGUCGGGCGGCGUUCCCGUUGGCAUGUCGCUGAACGAGCGAUCUCGGUCGCGUCGACGACUGGACUCGUUUGAAAUGGAGCGAGCGAGCGAACGCGUGGGACGACAAAACUACAUGGAGGAAGGCUAUCUAGAUCCGCAGGAGCGCGAGAUUAUUCUGAACAACGCAGGCUGCGAGGAGCCCGUGAUAGCGUCGGUGGAAGCCGAGGUGAACACCAUCAUCCAGAAUAGACGCGAGUCCAACGAGAUCGACUUUGACUUCAUGUACGGCUCAGUCGAGAUGGAGGAAGACGAGGACGACGAAGAGGAGGAAGGGGAGAAUGUAUUGUCCUAUGAUGCUGAAGUGCAAGAAGAGAGCGAGGAAGAGCAAGAAGACGUCACUGAAGACGCAGCAGCGAUGCCAGACGACGUGGCGUCGGCUUCGACGAGCGACGAGGGAUCAGUCGAGCAGGAGCAGCCAGAAUCGGAAGCCUCGGUACAUCCAAACAGCGACGAUGUACCGGAGGCCGCAUCGAUAUAGAGUGCGCAACACUAUGACCGCGACAGCAGACAUCGCCUGCUGCGCUGUUGCGCGUGUACAUAUCGCCUCGUCGUCCUAGUCGGGUUUUGUCCAUUUUGUAUUCCUUUUUAUUGGCUAGCGCAUGCUUUCGACUGGCCACAGUCACGGUAUAUCCCCAACUCAUAUACAGACGCCUUCAAUGUCUUCA